UGGUGGAGUGUGGUGGUGGCCACGACUGUGCUGUUACGCAGACGGUACGGUACCUUUGGUACCGUAGAAAAGCAUGUGCAUGAGCCUGCAUCAGGAGGCAGCGAUAAAAUUGUAUUAGCGUUAAUGAUCACCAUCUACAUCCCUUCUACU